GUCAAUAUAAAUACAAGCAAGUAUGGAUAUCUAUGUACAUUUAUAUACAUAUAACGGUAAACCAUAUCAUGGCAUCCAGUAGAACCUUCAGAGUAUGUUUUUGACUCCGUAAAAUUAUAUUUGACUCUUGGGAUAGAAGUGACAAGUCUAACCGACAUAUGUUUUGACCCUUCAGAUUUCUGAGAAAUAGUGAUUUGAAUUUUGGAUGCCCUGCAAACAUUAAAUGUUAGAAGUACCAGUAAGAAGCAGGUUAUACAUGCAGUGUGGUUGUUCUGAUUUAAUUAUAUUGCAGUUAUAUGCAUUUUUCCUACAAUGCAAUUGAAGAAUGUCUACUUUAUUAGCUUUUAAUAUACACAUGUAAUUAAAAUGCUUGUUUUGUUUUAUAGAAUUGGUCAGACAUGUAACUAUGUGGCAGGGCUCCUGUUUAAAAUUGAGCAUGCCAAUACCAUGGGACUCACAUCAUGUACCUCCAGUAAAUGUGUUUGGGUAGCCCCUGGUAAAGCAGCUGGACCCCUUCCACCAACCAAGCUUAAGGAUAUGGAUUUCAAGAAAUCUCAGUAUGGUAAAAAAGCUUCCAGACCAUUGGUUGGAAAUCUGAAGGCAGCUUUUGAUGUGAUUCCCUGUGAUGCAAGUUCAUCGACCAUUCAGCAGAGCAUGAUGGCAAAGCUUACAGAUGUUCAACCAAGUGCUUGUGUAUUGAAAGGCAAGUCAACAGCCAAAGAGGAGCAAUGAGUCAUGAACGUGUCAGAAAAAACAAAGCUAGACAUCAGUAGAUUUAAUAUGGAGGCAUUGAUUUCUACAUCUACAGAGGAGCUGGCAUCCAAUGAAGUUCUGGCAAUUCAGGAGGCUGCUGUUGGUCAGUCAGAAAACCAUCACUGGGCCGAGAUGAGGACAGGCAGAAUAACAGCAUCAAACUUCUAUGCAGUGCAUGCUAAAGUUAUUUCAUACAAAAAAAAAAUCUGAUUGUAAUGUUGAGCCUCUCCUUAAAAAUAUCAUGGGGUAUACUUCAGUUAAU